CACAGCCUUAAAGUCCAAAUUGGCUAUAUUUUCAAAAUCCAGAACUAAAAUAUGCUUAAUUUAAGGUUAGGAUUAGGCAUACAUUUAGCAGUGGUUAAGGUUAGGUUUAAAAUCUGAUUUUAAGAAAAUAAAUUGUAGAAUAGGCGGGGUUUAUGACUUUGUGGCUGUGUGACGACCGUGAGGAGGCUACCAAAGAAAAUGCUAUUGUUGUCGUUUGUCAGCAAGACGAUAACUGGCAAAGAUACUUAGCUGGCCGAAAGGAAUUAUCAAUGAGUAUUUUAUAUAUUGACAACGCCACAUAUUACAUGUUAAAAUGAAAAAAGGAGGAAUGAUUCGUUGGGCCUGACUGCUCUGACCUGAGGGAGCUGAGUCUGCUCCCCCAUAAUCCCUUUGACCCCUGACUUUUGACCCCUGGACGGUGUAACCAUGACGACGGGGGAUUGUUGCCACCUCCCAGGCUCCCUAUGCGACUGCACUGGAAACACUGGCCUGUCCAAAAGUGUGGAGGAGUCGGAUAACUGCAGAGCGCAGUAUGUUACCCAGGUCACAGCCAAAGAUGGGCGGCUGCUCUCCACCGUCAUCAAACCUUUGAGCACACAGAGCGAUGGACCAAUUUGCCGGAUCUGCCACGAGGGGGCCAACGGCGAGGGGCUUCUGUCCCCCUGCAACUGCACAGGGACUCUGGGCACGGUGCAUAAGAGCUGCCUGGAGAAGUGGCUCUCCUCCUCCAACACCAGCUACUGUGAGCUGUGCCACACAGAGUUCACCAUUGAGCGCAGGCCCAAGCCCCUCACAGAGUGGCUGCGGGACCCGGGCCCUCGUAACGAGAAGCGCACAUUGUUCUGUGACAUGGUGUGCUUCCUAUUAAUCACGCCCCUGGCAGCCAUCUCUGGCUGGCUGUGUCUGAGGGGAGCCCAAGAUCACCUGCACUUCAACAGCAGACUGGAGGCCUUGGGCCUCAUCGCCCUCACCAUCGCCCUUUUCACAAUCUAUGUCCUCUGGACUCUGGUAUCAUUCCGCUACCACUGUCAGCUCUACUCUGAGUGGAGACGAACCCAUCAGAAAGUACGCCUCCUCCUUCCCGACGCAAAGGGGCGGCAUUCUAACCAGAAUUCCUUGCUCUCCACCAAGCUGCUGAAAAAAACAGCAGACGAGACUAUAGUAUGAGGUCAAAGGUGGGAAGAUUUGAAGUUGGUGUUCUUUGGGUGCUGGAGGUUCUCAAUGAAAAAGCACGUCUCCAACCAGAGCCCAAGCUCUUUUUCUAUUUAAAUCCUUUUUACCUAUGUGUGUCAUCAUCACUUCUUUUUUUAUUUUGUCAUCUGAGCCUCUGAUGGUGGUUUCAGUAUUUUACCAGUAUUUUAGAGUCCAGUGAUUGCCGUGCAGUAUGGUGUUUCGGAAGGUUUGGAAAAGGGCAGUUGAUUGGAUGGGUCUCCGCUUACAUAGGAUUCAUUGGACAGAUGCUCAGUGGAGAUGGCUGCGGAAGCUUUAAGACCAAACCCUCUAGUGUUUAAGUGGACAAUUCCCACUUUCUCCUCCCUAAUUUCCUUCACAGCCGUCUCUAAAAGUGUAGCAUGGAUCGUUGACGAUGAUCUACGGCGAUCCAUCCAGCGGUUGGUUCCCUAACCACUGAGUGUAGAAGUAAGAAGCUUAAAGCUUUCAUUCCUGUUUACCAGCCAAAGGCUAUUAGACUGGGGGGAUUAUAGAUGCUUAUGACAUUGCUACGCAAGCCAGUUGACUCCCUUCAAUUCAGCUCCAUCUGUUUUCCUCCUUGGUGUGAGCAGGAAUUUUGUUCAUAAAGAUGGAGAUUGUGCAAUAAAACACUGGACACGGUUUCCUCUCACAGUACGUGAUGAGACUGCUACCAACAUGCACAGUUUUGCAUGCAUGUAUACUGUUAAUUUGUUUUUGUACGAGAGGUUAGUUGAGCUCCCAUUAAUCUGGUGUUACUAGUUAGUAUGUUGAACUGGGUUUCCUCCCUAGAGUAUAGAGGUCUCUCAUUCUAUUAGCACCACAUAGAGUGAGCUGAUCUAGGUAGGUAGGUCUACACGCCACUGAUGAGAGAAAAAAUAACUUUAUGGAAAUGUAUAUUCCACCAACAUGAAGUUCAAACUUUUUGUGGUUGACGGAAAGUAAGUCUUACCUUUCCAGGACAAUGUUAGAGUAGCGCAGGUCAAGAUCACUCUUCAAUAGCUAGUACAUUGCUCUCCUACGACGAUAGACCAAUGAAAUGCUUUUAAAUAUUAUGUGUUUUUUUGUGUAGUCAUAACAUUUGCUAGUAAUCACAUGCAGCAAGAGCAUAGAUUGGUUAAUUGAUGUUACUUCAUGUUUUGUAGCAGUUGCAUUCCCUUUCUGAUAUGCAGGCGACCAGACUGAUGUCUCGUCUCAGACGUCUACAGAUGUCAACUGUACCUUGACAGUAGAACCUAGUGUGUGGAGCAAGACCAGUGUGUAGGCACUGUUCUCACCCAUCUACCACAGCUUUAAAAUGCAUGAGUCGACCUCUGGACAAGAGAGAUAUGCAACAGCACAGAUUUAUAGGGCUGGCCAUGUUACUAUCACCUGUUUGGAUCUUUUCAUGAAUAUACAGUUGAAGUCGGAAGUUUACAUACACUUAGGUUGGAGUCAUUAAAACUGGUUUUUCUUUCAACCACUCCACACAUUUCUUGUUAACAACCUAUAGUUUUGGCAAGUCAUUUAGGACA